GUGAAAGAGAGAGAGAGAUGCCAGAGCAGCCAAAAUAGAUUGGGAAGAUUAAAGAUUGUUGGAAAAAAAAAUUCGAAAAAAAAAUUUUUGAAGAAAGUUUAAAAAAGAAAGUUUGUUAUAUUACUGCGGGAAAUUACUCUGAAAGAAAUCUUUGCAGAAAGUUACUCGUGUUUAGAAGGAAUAAAAUGGUGAAGGAUAUCAAAAAUAAUAUGUUUAUUUUCCAACUUUUAUUGCUUGGGUUUGUUCUUGUAUCUGAAGUUGUUGCGGACAAUUCUUCACUCGACAUUCAUUCCUUUUCUGUCAUAAGUGACGUCAAGUUUCGCUAUGCAACCACAAGACUGGAAACUGUAUUCAAGAACACACGUAAAUCUGCAGCGUUGGCCAUAUUUCACGUCAACAUUCCAGAAAAUGCAUUUGUUUCAAAUUUUACCAUGGCGGUUAAUGGUUCUGUAUUCGUGGGAGAAGUUCUAGAGAAAAAGGAAGCCAGGGAAAUUUACAACAAAGCUGCGCAAAGAGGUGAGACAGCAGCUUACGUCGGCACUGAACAUAGGUACUCAAACACAUUCCAUGUGAUGGUCAGUGUAGAGGCACAGCAAACAGCUGUGUUCACACUCACAUACCAAGAGCUAUUACAAAGGUCAUUCGGGAAAUACAGACAUGUUAUUCAUUUAACCAACGAACAAAUCAUUGAGAACUUUAAAAUAGAAGUCUUUAUAUCAGAUCUUCAAGGCAUUGAACUUAAGCAAGUGAGUCUUGAGAAAAAUGAUAUUGAAACAAGUAGGGAGACGAAACAAGUAGGGAGCGUAGACUACAUAAGCAAUAAACAACUUUAUAUAAACUAUGAACCCAGUGUGUCUGACCAGAAGGCCUUCUCUUCUCAGGGAAUCACAGGACUGUUUGAAGUAAACUAUGAUGUUGACUGGAAAGUAUCUUCAAACAUGGUUUAUGCUAUCGAUGGAUACUUUGUACAUUUUUAUGCUCCUGAUUCUUUCCCCUCACUUCAGAAGAAGAUAGUUUUCAUAUUAGAUGUGAGUGGUUCAAUGAAUGGCCAUAAAAUAAAACAAAUGAAAAAUGCAAUGAAAGGUAUCCUUCAUUCUUUGAAACAAGCUCUGGACACAUUCAUGAUUGGAAUAUUUAGUGAAAGCACCAAAUGGAUGACUGAUGGUUUUUUGCCAGCAAGUAAGGAGAAUAUUGAUGUUGCUUUAAACUAUAUUGAUAAAUUAGCAGCAGAUGGAGGAACAAACAUUAAUGAAGCUCUUCUUACUAGCCUGAAUAAAUUUGAUAAUCAGAAGUCCAGUGAGACUAAAAAUUUAGUCUUUUUCCUGACUGAUGGCCAACCAACUAAUGGUGUCAGCAACUUGAAUAGUAUUAUGAAAAAUGUGAAAGAAGCCAAUAGUGACACUUCUACUUCUAUUUUCACAUUGGGCUUUGGUGAAGGUAGUGACAUGGAUUUCUUGAAACAACUUGCUGGUGAAAAUGGUGGAUUUAGUCGUAAGAUUUAUGUAGCAGCUGACAGUCGAAUGCAAAUCUUAAACUUAUAUUCAGAAAUUUCUCGCAUCCUUUUGAAAAACAUUGAUAUAGUUUACCUAGAUGAUGCUAUCAAUCGUACAACCUUAACAAAAAAUUCAUUUAGCUAUUACUUCAAAGGAUCAGAGAUAGUUAUUGCUGGUACCACAUCAGAACAAUUGAAAGAAGACAUAAGCAUUUUGCUCACAAUGGACACUUCUUCUGGUUUGAAAUCUGAAAAAGUAAAGCUGCCUGUUGAAAAUCUUGAUGAUGAAUUUCCAUUAGGUCUUGAAUCCAUUCCACAGAAUCCCAGACUGACUACACUUCAGUCUCUUCAUACUAUAACUCGCAACACAUGGGUCCAGCUCACUUUAAAGAGGCUAUUAAAUUUAGAAAGAACUCCAGAAGUUCAAAAACGGAUAAUCACAAUAGCACUCAAAUAUGGCUUUGUUACGCCUCUGACUUCAAUGGUGGUUGUACAAAACAGGGAAAUGAAAAUGGUUAGGGAAGCUUACCAUCGACGUACUUAUGCUCUUAAGGCAAGUCAUGCACUUGCAUGUGGAAAUACCUGCUGCUUUUCCUUUUACCUACUGUUGGUUAUCGGUUGCCUCCAAAUGUAUUUUCAUAAUUGGUAGAAAAUCUUGUCUGCACUUGACAUCAAGGAAAUUCUGUUGAAGAGAAUUCAUGAAGAAAAUUCUGAUAUUUGCUUCAAUGACACUCAUAAAGUUUUGAAACAAGCUCCAACAGCAACAUUUGGUAACAACUGUAUCACCACAAAUGAUUUUAAGGAAGCUAAAUAGUGGACACUAUACAAUAUGAGAAAAAUCUAGUAAGAAUACAAAAUAGAGGUAGAUAUCUGAAUUAUAUGAUAAAGAUAUUGCAUAUGUGUGUGUGUGUCAUUUUAACAGAAUAUGAUGGAUAUGCAUAAUGAUGAAUGGAAUGCUAUUAAGUUUUUUUUUUUAAAUGUUAGAGGAUAUAAUGUCAAAGGUAGCCUAUAGAAAGAGGAGGGGAAAAGGAAAGAAAAAUAUCAGAAACCAAAUAAAUGAGGAAGGGAGGUAAUCCUUAUUUAAACCCCUUUUUUCAUUCUAAAGGUAAAUCAAUAUCUUUUAAAGAUAGUUACACUAAAAAUAAGGCAACUAAUAGUAAAACUAUUUGGUUGAUUAUUCCUUAUGGGAGGCAAAUUAAAUCUAAUCUUCCUUUUCAGUUUUGGGAAGCUAUUAUUAGGAAUUUUCCAAAUUCUUUUUUCUAAAAAUCCCCUUGUAAACACGCUUAAAGAGCAUGCUUACUGAUGUAAAUAUUGGCAGAAACACACCUUUAGUUCAUAUAAGUGAUAUCUACCAUUAUAUAUAAUUUAAACUUUGAUUUUCUUCUUACAUUUCACUUCCACUAGAUAUAUCUUGUUCUAAGACUUUAGGGUUUAAUUUAAUUUACAUAUCGUUCUAUACUUCUCAUUUAUUUGGUUUCUGAUUUUUUCUUUCUUUUACCCCUCCUACUUUUGACGUUAUAUCCUCUAAUGUUUUUUAAAAAAAAAUCUUAAUAAUGUUCCAUUCAUCAUGAUACAUAUCCAUCAUAUUCUGUUAAAAUGUGUUAUUGAUGAGUUUUAUUUCUUCAUUUCCCUGAAGAGAGGAUUACAUUGUUUUACACCAUUUUAUUCCUUUGGAAUAAUACCAAUGAUAUCUUUGAAACAUGUGUCGGAAGUAAAAGAAUUUAUUUAUAUAUAUAUGUUUUGCAUAUUUUAAUUCUACAUAGAAAGUUUAAUAUUUGUGGUCACAAAUAAACGCCAUUUUGUCACAUGAUACACAUUGUAUAAAUUCUAUGCCUCAUGGGUAAUACUACAGUCAACAAAGAAUCUUCGAUAAGAUAAGUGAUGUUGUUCUUUUUAUUAAUACUGUUGACCAUCCGAAUUCAUUUAAUAGUUAAUAACACUAUCUUUUUAUGUUUUCCUAUUCUUAAUCUCCAGAAAGUAUUUCUUCAUUAUACGAUAUAUGCCUUUAACUUGACAGAUGAUCAUUAUUAUAAAACCUUGACACUUUAUAUAUUGUACUAAUAAUUGCUUAAACGUACAGAUAUUUCUACUUUUUCCUAUUUUAUUUUAUUGCAUUUCUAUAUAUUAGGAUACGUUUUUUUGAAAUUAUAAGACCUGAAGUGUGCCCUCAUUCUGAGUGGAACUUAUCUUUAUCGAUUUAUUGUAAAUUGCCCAGAUCUUUUCCACUUUUAUGUGGCCAUGAAACACGCGUAGUCUAUUAUUCACUUUCGUUUUUAUAAAUUUAAUAAACUGAAUUAAAUUUUUAA